UUUGUUUGUACAAGCUUUUGGACAUUUUAACAUUAAACCAAAAUUGUCCUGACUGCAUUUAAAGCAGCGCUAAUGUCUCGUAAAUGAUAGAAUAACAACAUACAAACCCCUGAAUACGUUUCAAAGCUAUUGGAAACACGGGAAAUGUGAUUUGGAUAUCUCCUCAUGCACAAUUGUAGGAAUUUAAUGUUUAUCUAGGUUUAUUUUCGUGUUUUCCGUUCCUUAACUCCAUUUCCCAUGAAGCUUGGCGGUGUCAUUUGACGCUCUGACGGUUUCACGUGAUAGGUAUAGCAACAAAUCCCUGAACGGUGUCCAUAAAGCAAGUUAAAACCAGUAACCUACUUCCCCAAAAAACAAAACAGAUGUCCACAACGUACUGAAGGAGAAGCCAUUACCGGUAGGCUGGAGCUGAAAUUUUAUUCAUUUCACAGUUUUGGACGGUAGUUAUGUCAGCUAUGGCUCCUGCUGCUCUGGAAAAGCUGACAGGGCUGGUUGCAGCCACAUUUACUCCCUUCACCACUCAGGGUGAAAUCAACCUAUCAGAGAUUGGACCUUAUAUUGACUACUUGACAGAGAAGCAAGGUAUAAAUAGCAUAUUUGUGAAUGGCACCACCGGGGAGAGCAUGUCUCUCAGCGUCACAGAGAGAAAGAUCCUGGCAGAGGAGUGGUGUAAGAAAGCCAAGGGCAAAAUGGAUCAGGUGAUUGUGCAUGUGGGCUGCAUGAGCCUUAAAGAUUCCCAAGAACUGGCUAGCCAUGCAGCACAGAUUGGGGCUGAUGCAAUAGCAGUAAUUGCCCCCUCCUUCUUCAAGCCCAGCACUGCAGAUGUGUUGAAGACGUUCCUCCAGGAAGUGGCUUUAGUUGCCCCAACUCUUCCCUUCUAUUAUUAUCAUAUCCCAGCUGUCACCGGUGUUAACGUGCCGGUGAGAGAUGUGUUGGAAGAUAUUGAGAAGCUCAUUCCCUCCUUCAGAGGUGUGAAGUUCAGUGGGAGUGACCUGAUGGACUUUGGCCAGUGUGUCAGCUACAGUCAGCCUCACUGGUCAGUCCUCUACGGCAUGGACGAGCAACUGCUUGCAGCUCUGGCUAUGGGAGCCCACGGAGCAGUUGGCAGCACAUAUAACUACGCAGGAUGUCAUGUCAACAAGCUCAUUUUAGCAUUUGAGAAAGGCGACCUUGUCCAAGCCAGGACAAUACAGUUCAAGAUGCAAGAGCUCCUCAGUUAUGCCACAAAACUUGCCUCAUUGUCAUUGACAGGUUUUGAUUUGGGCGUCAACAAACAGCUGAUGAACGAGUUGUCAGGCUUGUGUCUGGGUUCCCCUCGACUGCCAGUGAUGCCAUGUCCUCAUGCUCAGGCUCUGUCCAUUGCACAGAAGUAUCACAGUAUUUUUCCUGAACAGUAACAUCUUCUUAAAAUCAACAUUUAGUGCCUUAGAUGCACAUUGACUGUGAUGGAUCCAGUUACUGUAUGUGCAUCAUCUUAUGCUACAAAUUAUAAAUCAAACAUUUACACUUUGCAUCAAAUCGUUAAAUAGGACAGGAAUAAACCAAAUUGUCUUUUUCCCAAAUAAAUGCUUCAUUUGCAUUUAAAUGGCCUUCUUCAAAUAGUUCCGGGUGCACAGUCAGAACACAAUUUAGGGAUAGAUAAACCUGAAAAAUAGAUCCUAAAUAAUCUUUAAAUUACACAGCAGUUUUAUUUUUAUAAUGUCCUGGAACUUCACACUACAUUUUACUGUGGAGAUUUAAACACAUUCAAGUAGAAUAGGCUCUGAACUUUUACACUAUAUAAAUUGAAAAGGAAACAUUAUGAAAGCAUGUAAGAUGCUGGCAUACCAACUGAAAAAACUUGAACAGAGGCCUUCAAUUACUACUUUAAGGGAUAUUUUUCAUCACUGUAUAAGUCUGAAUACAAUAUAGACACUUUUUAUGAAUCUACCUUUGCCAAAGUUAAAUGAACAAGAAAAAGAAAUACUUGAGGCCCCCAUCUCUGAGGUAGAGAUUCACAACACUAUUAAAUGCUUGUCAAAUGGUAAAUCACCAGGACUUUUUGAGUGCUGGUUUAUAUAAUGACGUUUCACAGAAGCAAUCCAUGCCAACCUGGGAAAUUUGGAUGUAAACAACUAUAGGCCUUUAAGUUUGCUUAAUAAUAAUUACCUUUUUGCAAAAAUACUAGCAAAACGUUUAGAGAAAGUUGUAUCCAGUCUAAUUCACUUGGAUCAGGUAGGCUUUAUACCUCUUAUCUAACAAUAUGAGGAGGCUUCUACAAAUGAUACACAUGGCCAGCUCUCUCUGACAUCCAGUGGCAGCAAUAUCACUGGGUGUGGAGAAAGUAUUUGACAGAAUAGAGGGGCCAUACCUGCUUUAUGCUCUUUCUAGAUAUGGUUUUGGUCGAAGGUGCUUACAGUGGAUUGGAGCAUUGUAUCAUGAACCUGUCUCAUCAGUGAGGAGCAAUGGCCUGGUUUCAACUCCUUUUCAGCUUUUCCGCUCCACCAGACAGAGCCGUGCCUUGUCUCCAUUAUCGUUUAUAUUAGCUUUAGAACCAGUAGCUGGUGCAAUCCGCAGGGAAUUACAGGCGUUCUUAAAGGUAGUCAUGAUUUUAAAUUAAAUGUAUACAGAUGAUAUUUUGUUGACCUAGUCCAAUCUAUCACACUCUAUACCAAAAGCAGUCGGCAGUCUCUCAGGCUAUAAAAUAAAUUGGACCAAUACCCAACCCUAUCCUUAAAUCACUGUACAUACAUUGCAGAUCUUGGACCAGUUCCUUUUAUCUGCAAAGCAGAGGGGAUGAAAUAUUUGGAGGUAUUGAUUAUAGCACCUAUUAAUAAGAUAUUUGAUUUGAAUGUACUCUAUAAAGGAAGACCUUAGAAGGGGGUCAGCCCUGCCUCUGUCCUUGUGGAGCUAAGUGCUGAUGAAGAACAUUCUCCCAAGAUUAUUUUUUGUAUUUUCUUCAUUUACUCUGUAUAUUCCAAAAUCUUAAUUUGAUAAUAUAAACAGAGUGUUCUCAUCUUUUUUGUGGAAGGAUAAAAAGCCUAAAAUUAAUUAAUCAUUACAGAGAGAUAGAAGGGGGUCUUGGAAUCCCAGAUGUGUAUUUAUGCUAUCUUGCAUUUAACACCAGAUUCUCUUUAAUGUAGGGCUAUAAAAGGGAGAAAAGCACAGGUAGUUGGGAUUGGCUGCAGGAGGGCCUUGUAAAGGACACAAAUAAAUCAAUCUCAUUAUCAUCAGUGUGGUAUCCUGUUCCACCUACAAAGCUAGAUAAUAGUGUUGUUAAGUUCUCAUGUGACAUUAUUAAAAAAGGGCAUUAAAAACUAUUUUUAAAGCUGCAGGGAACCUGUUAAACAACACUUGGCAGUGUAGCAAUAUUACAGAAAUUUGACAAAUUAUAGAGAACGGGAAGAUUUUAUCCUUUAAGGAGCUUAGAAGGAGAUAUAACUUGACUAUGAAUGCAUUUUUGUCAUAUGCUCAAUUUAAAUAAAUUCUCUCAAAACAUCAAUUUGGAAACGAAUUGGGAUCAAGUUUUGAAAUGUGCCUCAGCAUCGUAUGUCUUAUCUGCAAUUAAUACAGACUACUACUGUGCACAUGAAACCUUGGGUUCCCCCUUUUUUGAUCAAGUGCACACUAUGAUAAUGAAAUUAUCAAACCCCCUUUUUUUUCUUUACUGUUGUCUUAGUUGUGAUGUCAAAUUAACUAACUUACAUUGACAGUUUUAUGUUUUGGAUAUUUUUGGGGGAACGCAGGAAUGUCACAAAUCAGCAGUAUUAUAUUCUAUGUAAGACCAUGGUCGAAUCUCAUUUUAGAAAUUUGAGCUUAAGAUCUUAAGCUGACUCCAUAAGAGGGAGGAUAACAGAGACAGAGGGUGCAUCGAUAUGAGUGCCGUUUCAAGUGACUGACAGCAUCCAACACUGGUAAAUGAGAUUCCACCCUUUGUUCUGAGUUUCAAUGCAUAAGUUCUUUGUAAAUGUAUAUUUUCUGAAUGUCAUAUAAAAGGGAAAUGUACUGUGUAAUGACAAAUCUUUGUGUUAUUAUAACACAUAAUCACUAAUUUCUUACUAAUAAAUGCACUAAUCCAUUAAUUGGGA